GUGUGAGUGGGUAUGCUAACAGUGUUCACACGUAUGCGCACACACGCCUAAAGGCGCAGCAACAGCUGUGAGUCGAGGAGGAAAAAAAACUAUGUAUGUGAUUUUGCUGCGGAAUUCUUUCAGUUCGUGCGUAUUUUGAGUUUGGACAACAAUUUGCUGCAUUUAAAAACCGACGGUGUAAUAUUAAAGAAUGACAUCUGUGUGAAGUUAAAAUACAAGAGCAAAAAUAACGGGGCAGUUAAGUUAUGAACAAUCAGGAUUAUGGCGGCAUCCAAUGGAUACAGCAGCACGCAUCCGCGGUUGACUCCGAAACCGACCUGGAAAACGGCGCUGCAGACAGCGAGGUAACGUCCGCCUAUUUGGUCAAUGGCAAUGCCACCGACGAAGAUCUCGACCAUAUGGCGGCCGAAAAUCUCAUAUUCAUGGCACGUGAUGGUCAGCUAAGCGAGAUCAUUGCUGCUAAUGAAGGUGGCGGAGGUACCGUUUUAAUUACGGACAGCGGUACUGUUGCCUAUGCCGAGGCGUUUGACGAGGAUGCGCAGGUGGUCACUGAGGAGAUCAUCACAGAUGACUGGGUGCAGCAUCAGGGCGCCGAGCGCGUGGAAAUCGCUGCAGAGCAAAUUGCGGGCAAUAACAGUUCGCAGGAGCUGCUAGACAUGGAACAGGACGAGUAUACGGCAUUGCGGCCCUAUCCCUGUGACUUCUGUAGCCGGCGUUUUCGCAAAAAGGCCAGCCUUAACAAUCACAUGCUGGCGCAUCAGAACGAUCGUCCGCAUUUGUGUAAAUUGUGUGGUGCUCGAUUCUCGCGGCGCGCUGAGCUCAUCAGUCACUUCAAGGCGCAUGCCGAGGCUCAGGUGGCGGCUGAUGCGGCCGCAGCAAUCAAGUUUGAGCCGCAGCAGCAGCAGCGCCAAAUGGACGACCAUUUCUACGAACAGGAAUGGCCCUUGUAUCAGGAACAGGAAGAGGAUCAAGUGCAGCAACAGCUGCAGCAAAUGGAGGAAGAGCAGCAGGAGCAAGAGCAGCUGGUGAUGCCGCAGGCUAGCUAUGCAGCGAUCAGCGAGGUGCCCGCACCAACAGCCACACGCGGUCGCAUUAGCCGUCUCAAGCCCAAAGAGGAAAGCACUCCGUACAUUGUAAUUGCCGAGAAGCAGACAACGGAUGAUUUGCAGCAGUACAUGGAGUGCGAGGAGCUGCCGCCAACGCUGACAAGCAGCACGUCAAUUGAUGCAUCGCAUGCAGCAGUUAGCGUUCCCGUUGCUGAUGCGCCACAGGCUCAGCGCUUUCCGGUGAUAGACGAUAGCAAACCCUUUGUAUGCCAGCAAUGUGGUUUGGCAUUUGCUCGUGAAAAGGCCCUGGUCUCACAUAUUAAGAAUCAUCGCGUUGACUCUCCAUUCGAAUGCAAUCAGUGUCAAGAUAUGUUCUGGGACAAUUACAGCCUGCAGGAACAUCAGAAGACACAUCAGUUCGAGGAGAGCAAUUCGGAGUAUGAUCCGGCUUCGGCUGGCGAGGAUAGCGCCAGUGAAUCGGAAUCAGAGCAACUAUAUGGUGACUUCUACUGUAGCGAGUGCGGCAUUUCAUUUCACAGGCAGGACCUGCUGCGUCGCCAUGCCAAGCAACAGCACAAGCAGCAGUCCGCGGAUGUCGAGGGCGUCACUGGCGACGCUGAUGCCGAGAAUGCCAAAGAUGCGCAGCAUUGUUGUCAUACAUGCGGCAAAUCGUUUCCCAGCGCUUUGGAACUACUCGCCCAUGCCGAGGUGCAUGCACGUUUCCCGCCUUUCAAAUGCGUUUUGUGUGGUGUUAGCUUCUAUGAGGAGCAGGCUAUUAAGCGGCAUUUACACACGCGCCAUCCGCAGGAGCUGAAGCCCAACUCAUGCGUGUUGUGUGGCAAGGAGUGUCGAGAUCGCAAAGCCCUGAUCAAGCAUGCCUGGGAUCAUUCGCGUGAGAAAUGCCACUCGUGUUCGAAGUGCGGCAAGAACUUUCACAACAAAGCACGACUGAAGCGCCACAUGGCUUCGCAUCGCGACAAGUCGGUGGUGUGUGAGGUGUGCCACGAAGAGUUUCCCGAUGGACGAACGCUAUCCAAUCAUCGACAUUCGCACAGCACCACUUCGCCAGGCAAACUAUUUCCCUGCAAUGAAUGCGGCAAGACCUUUGGUUCGCGUAGUUCCCAGCAGAUACAUGUGCGUAUCCAUACGGGGGAGCGACCAUAUGGUUGUCGCUAUUGUUGGAAGGCUUUCGCGGAUGGUGGAACGCUGCGCAAGCAUGAACGCAUUCAUACAGGCGAGAAGCCCUAUGCCUGUUCCGUAUGUCCGCGUGCCUUCAAUCAGCGAGUUGUGCUGCGUGAGCAUAUACGCUCGCAUCAUUCGGGCCUGGAUGCCGUGCGUGGCACCUACCACUGCACCGUCUGCUCGGCCGACUUGUCCUCAUCCAAUGAGCUUAUACAGCAUCUCAUCCAGCACAGCGAUACAAACACCGCCAAGCAGCGACAGCCAAUUACUGGUCCACGGAAGUAUAAGCGACGUAGGAAACUGCAGCCCCAUGAGAUUGCCCACAUGCGGGCGGAGCAUAAGGAUGGUGAGGAUUAUGCCAGCGAUAUGGAAUUCUGUGACUUGGAUGUUGAGAAUGUCGAUGAUCUUCUGGAAGGGGCGGACACAUUGCCAACCAAAAAGGAGAAACGUAAGCGCUCAGCAGCUAAUCAAUCUAAAGCCGUGGCAAAUGGAGCUACGAAUAGCAACGCAUCCGCUUCGGUUAAAUCUGCCAAUAGCAGCUGGGAUGAAAAGUUCCUGCAGACAAACAGCAAUGGCAAUGCUGCCAACGUUGAUGAGACCUACAAGAGCAUCUUCCAAAUUGAUUCGCUCGUGGUGGUAAAUGACACCACAUUGCCGGCCGUUAGCUCAUCCAGCAAUACGCAAGGUGCUUCCAAAUCGAGACGUGGUGCGGGCAAACAGCCCGAAAAUAGUGAUAAAUCAGGAAGUGGUGACACAGCAGCAACGGCUGCAGCUGGCGUGGAGUCAGGUAAGUCCAACGUCGCUAGCAGUCGCAGCAGCAACCGAAAGAAGUCCACUAAAGCGACCAAGAGCGCAGCCACAGUCUCAGCAGUAGCAGCAUCAGCCACUACGAGCAGCUCGCGUCCACGCAUGAUACACACGGAGAAGUCGCGCUUGCCCCCGGAGAAUGCAUCGAAGAAGACGCGCGGCCGCAGCUACAUUACGCGCACGAGCACCAAUGAGAGCAGCAGCCAGCUGACCAGUCAGCUGGUCAAGUCGUGCGGCGUGUCAAGUUCGCGAAUUGUCGAUGACUACGAGAUUAUAUCACCUGCCACACAUCCGCCCAAUCAGAUCAGUUCCAGUCCGCUGCAUAUCAAGCAGGAGCAGGAGCAGCAGCAACAGCGCACCCAGUUCAUGUACGAUGACACCCAUCUGAUGAUCCAUACGGCAAUGUUGCGGGAGAAGACCUACGACAAGUUCAAUCCCAGCAUUGUCAAUGAUCUCGAGGAGAUACUGCGUAGUCCCCUCAAACAUGAUCGCAAUACGCGGCUGCGUUUCACCAGCGAAUCGUCGACGACGCCACAGUUCCUGCCGGAGGAAGAGCAAAAUCUCAUUAAAAUUGAGCCCACAUCGCCGGAUCUGCGUGAUAUGGUGGAGAGCCAACAGCGUGUUAGUGCCGCAACUGGACAAACGGCCACGCCCACAUCAUCAUCCUCAUCGUCGGCGGCGCGUACAUCGCGCCAUCUGCGAGAGCUCACUGCCAUUGGCUCGGGCAGACGAGCGGCGUCCAAGCGAAGCGGUGGCAAAUCCUCAGCUGCCGCCGGCUCCAACGCCACGAAACCCAGCUGCAACACAUCAUCCACAGAAGCCGUCAGCAAGUCAUAUCUUAGCUAUGGUGUCGACUCUUACAAUGUGAGCGUCGCAGCGAGUGCCAACUCCUCGGAUGUCAGUUCCGGUUUCUUUUCCAUCUCCGAGGUGGUGUCCGCUGCACAUGCAGCCGAUGCAGCCAAGGCAGCAGCAGCCAGUAAAACGGUGCGUCGGACCCGUUGCUUCGAGUGCGAGAUGUGCUCGUCCAUAUUUUCCGAUCGGGCUCAGCUGCUGGAGCACAUGCAUAUACACAUCUAAGCAAGAAACUGAAAACACAAACUAAAGGAGAGGGAUUUGUUAUUGGAACUGUUUUGCUAACGAAACAACUAUACUAAAACAUAAAGAAAAUGGAUAUAUUAAUUAAGUUCUGAUUAAGAUUCUCGCAGGGUGGGGCCGGGGGGUAAAAGUAUUUUUUGAAAUAUUUACCAAGAAUUUCAAUUAGAAAUUGAAAAAUGUGUUAUGCGG